UUCAAUGGCAGUCUAUUAGUUGGCACCAUGUCAAAAGCCUUACUGAAAUCUAUGUAAACAAUAUCCACUGAGUUUCCGUUGUCUAGCGAUAACGAAUAUAUAGUGUUUGUUGUGACAUCAAAAACCGAGUGAAUAGAAAUUAGUUGGUUACACAAACUCGUCAUAAAUAUCUUGUUUAUUGAGUUUCGAAGGCGGCCGUCAGAAAAAUGGUCGCUCCAUUGACUAACAGGCGGUGUGUCACAUUUGGUGGCUUGUGAUAUCAACUCUUAUUUUCGUCUGCCGAAUAGCUUUAAUCUUGUCCUUGUAUUACCUCCGGUUGUUAUAGGUUGUCUUAUCAAAUGUAAGAUUACAUAUGCUUACUAUACAGUCGGCCACUCACCUGUUGUCUUCCAGAUUGUCCCACACACUGCCAUUCAUACUUCACCAAGAUACAACAUACCUCCAUGCUAGAUCCAAACCUAUUAAAGGCCGGACUUUAUAUUUAUAAAAAACAAUUAGUAGUAUGUACCGUCAGACUAUGCAGUGUUACUCAAGGUAGUAUACGACACAUUGAAUAUUAUCAAAUAUUCGGCUUUGGUGAGUGCUCCCAGUGUUAUAAGCAUGGUCUCCAGCCCAGUAUUUGAUAACUGGGCAAAUUUUACUGUCAAACAAAAGUCGAGGUCUAUCCACCAUAUUCGUAUUCAAACUGACAGAAAUAUCGGAAAAUUAAUUUCUCAUGACAGUAAUCUAGAGAAUAUAUGCUUAUAGGUUCUUGUCUUUCCAAAUAUUUUUACGCUGUAUCACAACGUACUGCCAAUUGGACCAUCAAUAAAAUGAUUUGUUUUCACGGCACACUUCGAAUAAAAAGAUAUGAGACGAAUCCCUACUGAUAUAAAUGUUGGAAACUAGUGCAUCAGGAUGAGCUUUGACGUCCAUAUAGUCAUUUCCUUGUGUGCGAAAUAGUCCUGUUAAAUGUAGAAUAAUACAGGAUUCUCUUUCCUUGAAUGUAAUCUAAAUGAUUUUCUUGCUUCUUAAAUCCCUUUAUUUCAAGAAUUUUACGUUCAUGAUAGUUGGUACAACUAGUUUGCCGAGUGCUGUUUCAUGUACUCAACUUUAAAUCAUAAUUGUGGUGAGAACUUAUGUUAUCUGUAUGGCCAAACCAGAGUAGGUGGGACGAGCCUUAAACGUACAGCUCUAUAGUCAAAAGCCAAUAGUUCUAAGCACUAACUGCAACUGCGCUUCAAGACUUUUUUAUACUUAGUUCAAGAGUAAGGGGGGUGAGCUCUAUAAAUGCCUUAACAGUUUCGCUUAGGGAUGAGUCACUUUAGCACUAAUUUAAUGGAUUAUGUCACCCCAAUAAGGGGUAUAAGAAGCUCAUAUUAAAGUUCCCUAUCUAUAAAGUAGAGGGGAUACUCCAGUACUUAAGAGUUGGGCGUAUGGCUCAGCACUGACUGUGCCGAUACAAAUCGAGACAACUUGAAUCGGCGUAUACUUAUUUCAAUUCUCUUUAUUAUGUUUCAGGUUGAAAGCCAAUGUAGUUAUUGCAAUUACUAAGUUGCUUUGAAUUAUCUCAAUAAUCUAAGUUAAAUACUAGAGAAAUGGAACUUGAUUCCUUGUGCGAACAUUGGGAUUCGACUUUGGAUAUUGACGAAGAAAAUUCUGAAACUGUCGCUGAAUCAGAACAGCACCCACGCCUUUCAUUAUAUAAAAACAAAGGUCGAGCUAUCGAUCAGGAAAAACGUUGGCGUCAAAAACUCAGCAUACUUAAAUCUAAAAAAGAACGGUUAGAUCAUUUCGAUCAUAAUCGCUUUUCUGUGAAUAAAGAAGAGCCCUCAAAACACCCUUGGGCAUCAACUGAAACAAAGUCAGAAAUAAGAAGUUGGCGUCGUCACUCGAAACUUUUAAUGCUAGCAGAGUGGUUUCUAUUUAUGCCUCCAAAUUUUGAAGAGGAAUAUCGGAUGAAAAUUUGUCCUAAAGGGCGCCAUGUAUUUAUCAAGGCUUCAAAAGGAAAGACUACAGUAUAUACUAGAAAUGGACGUCAACUGAUAUCCUCUGUUUCACGACUUCCAGGAGGUGGUUUAGGCCAAAGUGAUAAUCAGAACAGUUCAUAUACAACUUUAUUAGAUUGCAUAUUAUACUGUCCGGAAAAGAAUAUGGAUUUCAGUAAUUUCCAAAUGGCAAAUGAAACAAAGCAAGUGACUUUUGUCUUCUACGUAGUUGACAUCAUUUUUAUGAGAUCGACAGGCUAUGUCAAUCUACCUUUUUAUGAACGAUCCCAAUGGUUAGAGAGUUAUCUCAAGCAACAAAUAGAGGAGUAUAAUGAAAGUGAUCCCGUUGCUUUUCACAUUCUGCCGUCAUAUGAAUGUGAUGUAGGAUCAAUGCAAGACGCAUUCUCGUCAAUCCCGUCAUACGAGGUAGCUCAAACAUUCAAUCACUCAGUUGUAAUAGUGUACAGCUAUAAAUUUCUAAGUACCUUAGCAUAUAUAUAUGAUGUAUAACACAGGAUGUAUGUCUGUAUGAGAUGUACUUGCAAAACAUGGAACUAUUUAUCGAUAAAAUCACACAAGAUUGAUGGUGUUCUAUUUUACCACAAAGAUGUUAAUUACGAACCUGGAGCAACUCCUCUUGUUAGCUGGUUGAAACCAUAUAUGUUACCGGAAUGGUUUCCCGAUAUCAAUUAUCAUUCAGAUUUCAUGAAAGAUAUUCCUGACGAUUAUACUGACUAUAUUAAUGGAAUACAACAAUAUGAAGCUAAAAUGUCUUCAAAAUCA